AUGUCGGCCAACUUCCUGGCUAGGGCGUCGAGGCAGUCAGUCCGGAGGGUGGCAACAGGAAGCCAUAGCAAAGGAAUCACACUGUUUCGGCCCCGGCGGUAUGCCUCAUCCAGUACUGCUUCGUCGACUGGGCAGAGGUCGUCGGGAUCAGUAGGCACCUCGGCUGUAGUUGCCGUAGCUUUGGCGGCUGGUCUGGUCGGAUAUGGCGCCGCCGUCUCGCUGGGCGCCGGGGGCACUGUUCGUGACGACACCCCCAUAAUACAUGACAGUAGGCUACCCACGCCCAAGUAUGCAAGCCUGGCGGAUAUGAACAAGGCUAUCGAGGAGAUACGGCGUGAGCUGGGCGACAACGACGUCAUCUCCACGGACCCAGACGACCUCCAUGCGCACGGGUACUCGGAGUGGUCCACCGUCAACCCGACCACACUCCCCGUGGCCGUGGCCUACCCGCAUAACACUGAGCAGGUUGCUGUCAUCGCCCGCAUAUGCAACAAGCGACGGGUGCCACUGGUCCCGUACUCUGGGGGCACGUCGCUCGAGGGCAACUUUUCGGCGCCGUUUGGUGGCGUUAGUGUAGACUUUGCUUUUAUGGACAAAAUCGUGCGGUUCAGCAAGGAAGACAUGGACGUUACGGUACAGCCGAGCAUAGGCUGGCAGGACUUGAACGCGCAGCUGCUCAAGAUGGACGCGGGAUUGUUCUUCCCCAUCGACCCGGGCCCAAGUGCAAAGAUUGGUGGGAUGGUCGGUACCAACUGUUCGGGUACUAACGCCGUCAGGUAUGGCACCAUGAGAGACUGGGUCGUUAACUUGACGGUUGUGCUGGCUGAUGGGUCGGUCAUCAAGACGAGGAGGAGGCCGAGAAAGUCGUCUGCCGGGUACAACCUCAACGGUCUGUUUGUUGGGUCCGAGGGCACACUUGGUCUUGUAACUGAAGCCACUCUCAAGCUUGCAGUUAUCCCAGAAGAGCUUUCGGUAGCUGUCGUUACUUUUCCCUCGAUCCGUGACGCGGCGGCGGCAGCGGCUGGUGUGAUGCAAGCCGGAGUUCCAGUAGCCGCCAUGGAGAUUAUGGAUGAGGUGCAGAUGCAGGUGGUAAACCUGAGUGGGGCGACGGCGCCUCGAAAGUGGCAGGAGACGCCAACGCUCUUUUUCAAGUUCUCGGGGACCAAGGCGGGCGUUAAGGAGAACAUAGGCCGGGUGCAGCAGAUCGCCAAGGCCAACAAGGGCAGCAACUUUGAGUUCGCCAAGGACGAGCGUGAGCAGAAACUGCUGUGGUCGGCGCGCAAGGAGUCGUUGUGGUCGAUGCUGGCGCUGCGCAAGGAGGGCCAGGAGGUCUUUAGUACCGACGUCGCCGUGCCCUUCUCCCGGCUGGCUGACUUGAUUGAGGUUAGCAAGCGUGAGAUGGACGACUUGGGACUGUUUGCGAGCAUCCUUGGCCACAUUGGUGAUGGCAACUUUCACGAAAGCAUCAUGUACAACCGUGGGGAUCCAGUAGAGAGGGCAAAGGUUGAGGGCUGCGUUAAAAACAUGGUAAACAGGGCUCUAGAAAUGGAGGGAACUUGCACGGGUGAACAUGGUAUUGGCUGGGGGAAAAAGGAAUCUCUUUUGGCGGAGUUGGGGCCAGGUACUGUUGGAAUUAUGAAAGCCAUCAAGGCCGCAUUGGACCCCCAUUGGAUUAUGAUGGACAAUCCACCGACACCUCCAUCAUCCGGUGGUCUCAGUCCAACGGGGCGCAGCCCAAGGCCCUUUCAGCGCUCAGCAAUCUCCCACAUCUGUGUUCCAGUGAAUCGGUGGAAGGACUAUACUUCAAUGGAGCUCAAGCUGUUUGGGCUUCCUAUGAACAUCACCACCUGGGAAAUCUGGCGAGCUUUUGAUCCUCAGGUUGAAGUCCUCACCAUCGACAUCUUCGAGGGCAGUUUUGGGUCCAUUGCCAGAGUUCGCAUUAUACCACCAACCACAGACUUGUGGCAUGGAAGACUUGAAAUUCGCCGCGAUGCGCAACCGAUAAUCUUCGCCCGCGUGGAGAUCGAUUCCCGUGGGUUUAGGUUUCAUAAUGAGAUCGAAAGUCCACUCAAAAAUCCGGUUCCAUCCGAGAAAUCCAUCCGGGCAUCGAGCCUUUCUGUCGGCUUGAUGACCGACAAGACCUGCAUGUUGGUCAUGGGGACUGUCAGGCCGUUGCGAAACCCUGAUGAUUUGAAGCUCGAAAUAAAAUUCGCAAAGCGAAGGCUCAAGCUAUUCUUUACAUUGGCGCUCUUAGACAGGCGAGAUACCUCAAAGAACUCCUACCGUCACUUUCGAUACCAAGUCGACGUCCAAUUCCGGAACAUUACCAAACUAUUUCGAGUCAACAUCAACGAAGAUACCUGCUCUGUGCUCAUGCCACUCGAAUGCCCUCCCGAGUUCUUUCGUGAGAUUGACAACAAACGCAUCACGCAUAACGAUGAGAGCCUUACAUGGUCUUCUGUCACGGUCUGGCAGAGACAGGUUCACUUCCGGGAUGAGCCUCAAGUCGCUGACAAUAUGCCGCUUGGCCUCAACGAAGAGCAUGCUCAGUUUAUGGACCUUGGUCGUUGGACUACUUACAGCAUCGAGCUUCCGACUCAGCAGUGGGGUGCCAUGGAGCGCUUCCUAAGCGAUUACGGAAUUAACACCCAGGAGAUUCCGGAUUUCGACUUUGCAAGCCCUGAUGACCAUCCCAUAGUCAUCUGGGACCAUUUGGAGAAGCCACAAAGCUCUGAAAGUGAGAACUAUGGACUCGAAUUGCUCUUUUCUUCCACCAAGGUCCAGUUGACCUGGGAGGUCAGGUAUCAGCUUGAAGCAUGCAUCUCUCAUCGGAUGCUGGCCGAGCCCAGCAUUACCCUCGAGUUUCUUGAGAAACUUGCCGAAAUGAGGCCCACCAAGGCCAGGAUCAUGCUCGAGUAUGUACUUGAUAGAAAUGUCAAGCUCUACAAUCCUAUGCAACUUUUCAAGGAUGAAGGCGCGAGCACUUACUGGCCAGAUAUUACGCCAGAAGAGCUUCCACAGUACUGCACCAUGACACGGAAGGUUAUCGUUACCCCGUCGACGAUGUAUUUGAGUAGCCCUAUGGUUGAAACCACAAACAGGGUCCUAAGGCACUACAGUGAGCACAAGGAUCGCUUCCUCCGUGUCCAGUUUACGGACGAACUCCCAAUUGGUCGCCUUCACGCCUCCAAUGACUUGGGAGCUAAUGACGAAAUCUUCAAUCGAGUGUACCGCAUCCUGAAGAAUGGCAUUCACAUUGGCGACCGACACUACAAGUUUCUGGCAUUCGGAUCCUCCCAGAUGCGAGAGAAUUCGACCUACUUCUUUUGCGAUACUGGAGAUGUCACUUGCGACAGCAUCCGCGCCUGGAUGGGCAGGUUCAGUCACAUUCGUAACGUUGGCAAGUAUGCGGCACGUUUGGGUCAGUGUUUCUCGACCACACGGAGCAUUGACAGGGUGGCAAUGCCCUGGAUUAAGACAAUUCCAGACAUCGAGAAGAAUGGCUACUGCUUCACAGAUGGUGUUGGCAAAAUCUCCAGCUUAUGGGCAGUGGUCAUUGCCGAGAAUCUGAAGCUGGACUAUGUUCCUUCGGCAUUCCAGUUCCGCAUGGGCGGCUGUAAGGGUGUUCUAGUGGUCUGGGAAGACGUGAAAGGCCAAGAGAUUCACAUACGUCCUUCUCAGCUCAAGUUUGAGACCGACCAUAGCCGCCUUGAGGUCAUUCGCUGUUCUCACUUCUCCGUGGCGUCUCUUAACCGACAAACAAUCUCCGUCUUGACUUCUCUGGGGAUCAAGGAUGAAGUAUUUGAGAGUAUGCUGGCAGAGCAGCUGGCAAAGUAUAACAGGGCGAUGGAAGAUGCGGCAGCGGCCAUUGGGCUCCUGACCCAGUACGUUGAUGAAAAUCAAAUGACCAACACCCUGGCCCAGCUUGUCAAAGCCGGCCUUAUGGAGUCGCGCGAGCCUUUUGUCUGCACCAUGCUGCGCCUAUGGAGGACUUGGUCCGUCAAAACUCUCAAGGAAAAGGCAAGACUCGUUGUUGAGAAAGGCGCCUUCGUUCUCGGCUGUGUAGACGAAACCAGGACCUUACAUGGUCACUUUACCCACCUUCCCGCCAGUCCCAACCAGAGGCCCCGCCUCAAUGGCAAUAUGAAGCUGCCUGAGAUAUUCCUUCAGGUCCCCGACGGCCCUGGCGGUGACUACAAAGUCAUAACCGGACUAUGCCUUGUUGGCCGCAACCCAUCUUUGCACCCUGGAGACAUCCGCGUUGUCCAGGCGGUUGAUAUCCCUCAACUGCGGCACAUCAGGGAUGUCGUUGUUUUUGCCCAAACAGGAGAUAGAGAUAUUCCUGGCAUGUGCUCUGGAGGAGACUUGGACGGGGACGAUUUCUUCGUCUUGUGGGAUGAGCGGCUUCUCCCUUUGCCUUCGCAGCGCAAUUUCAAGCCGGCAAGCUAUAAUCCGCCUCCCUCCAGAGAGCUUGACCGUGAAGUUACGGCGGAUGAUCUUUGCCAGUUUUUUGUUACAUAUAUGAAGAACUUUUCACUUCCAAGGAUCGCCCAUGCUCACCUAGCGCAGGCAGACAAAUAUGACGCAAAACACGAGAAGUGUCUAGAACUGGCCCAUCUGCACUCGUUGGCGGUUGACUACCCCAAAACUGGAGUGCCAGCGGUCAUCAGGCCUAGAUUAAUGCCAAAUGAGUUCCCACACUUCAUGGAAAAGGCGGGCCGUCGAUACCACUCAGAAAAGAUUCUAGGGAAGCUUUACGACCAAGUCAAGCCCGUUAACUUCCACCCGGCUUACGAAAUGCCUUUCGACGGCAAGAUUCUGAGCCAGCUCAGUCAGCAUGGGGAGCUUGGCCCUAAAAUGCUCAGAGAGGCAAGAAAGCUCAAAACUCUGUAUGACCAGUCGAUCAUGCGCAUUAUGGGCCAGCACGAAAUUACCACUGAAUUUGAGGUCUUUUCGGCAUUCGUCCUCUCAAGCCGUCGGGUCGGAAGUCAGUACAAACUCCAGGAAAUUGUGGGACAACAGUCAGCCACCCUCAAGAUGGUUUUUCGGGAGAAAUGUAUUGCCGCAUUGGAGGCUGUUUCUGGGCGAACUGGCAUCAAGCCACGAGACAUAGAAGCUCUUGGGCCCUUUGUUGUUGCCAUGUACAAGGUAACGGACGAAGAAAUCAAGAUUGCACUGCAUGAGUGCAAGACUCGGGGAGUGAAGGCAAACCCCCAGUCGAUGCCCUUGAUAACUUUUCCCUGGAUCUUUGACCAGAUCUUGGUCCAGCUGGUCACCGGUAAAUCUAACCUACCUUGCUCGACUCCUCCCAACCUAUGUGCAGGGUCCGCGAGCAUAGAAUUGGAUCAGCUUGAGCUUCCGAUUCGGCUGGAUGAUCUCAGCUACCAAGACAUCCAUGAUAUCGAGUACGCCCGCACGCGUGAUGGACAUGUGAUCCACCGUGGCGUGGUUUUGAGCAGUCUCUUUCGUGCCGAAGAGAGUGGCGAGGCCUAUGAUCACGAUCCUGAGCUGCAACUUGAUAGGGACAAGCCCGAAGAUAGCGAUGAAGAGCUGACGGCCCAAGAACCCCAAAACAGCUUGGUCGUAUUGGAGGAGGCUGAACCAACCACAUACAAGCCGAAAAACGAUAACUAUGAUCUGUUGUCUGGCAUUACCUUCACAGCACCCCAACUUUUGCAGGAGAAUAAUACAGCGUCUGUAUCCUCCACAAGUGAAAAGCAGACAGCAGCAUCAUCUGUGGCUACGUCGCCCAUGGCGGCGGCCAUGAAGACGGGAACAGAAAUGAUCAAUGACAGCAUAGACUUGAUCGAACUCGAGCAGAAGUUAGCGUCAACCAAGCCCGAGACAGCUGUCGACCGUCUAUUGGACAUGUUCUCGGACGACUGAUCCGCAUGAAAACUCAGACAGGUACAAUUGUGUGCUUUGCUGUACCACUACUUUGAGGGUAAGCUCCUCUUCGCCUAGAUUUUCUGGGCGGGGUCUCCCGACAAGCUGAAGGGACCUCGCCCAGUACCAAUUUUCAUCAAAUUCAAGCUUUACAAUGGCUCAGUGGAGCUGCAUGGAAUCAAGACAAAGUAUUUGGGGAUGUUGUAAGGUAGGUGGAACACAAGAGAAGGGAUGCAUCAGGCUUCUGGCCUAAUCACCAGCAAGGUCAAGAAUGGGGAUAUGGCGGCAUGAGCUGCUGACAAGGAAGGGGGCAUUCAACAAGGAUCUUAUUGACACUGUG